GAGGCGACUUGUAGAUACCAUACAGUCAUUUCUUUCUAGGUUUUGGUUUACCAGUUGAUCGUGAACUUCGUCGUGAUCGGAUGGUGGCAAUGAACGUGAAAUAACAUCGACUUUAUCUCGAAUGAUGGACGGGCACAGGUUUUCCUAUUGCAUGCUCCUUUGUUUGUUUUUUGUGACAAAAGUGUGUUUUACAAGAGGACAGUUCGAGAGCAACAAGUGCAGAAACUCCGGAGUUUCCGGAAUUUGCACGAAAAUCUUCGACUGUCCGGUCGCCAUGGAGUCUCUGAAGAAACGGCACAAGCACGAUUUGAAGAGGUGCGGUUUCGACGGAUUCGACGAGAUAGUCUGCUGUCCGGCUACGUCUUUGAAGGAGCCGGAACUGGUUUUGGAUCCUUUCACGGAUUCUGCCCGUUUCGGAGAAACAACUGUUGGUCCGAAAGAUACCAGCGGCGAGGACCAUGACAGGAAGUUUGAACAAGCAUGCAACGAAAUUUCAAAUCAGUCCGCGAAAGGAGUUAUUUUCCAUAUCAUCGACGGAGAUGACGCCGCAGAUAAGGAGUUUCCUCAUAUGGCAGCUCUGGGAUCCGAAACUGAUGAAGGCAUGAGCUGGACGUGUGGAGCCUCCGUAAUAUCGAACCGUUUCCUCCUCACCGCUGCUCACUGCUUCACGGGCCGGGAGCCCCCCACGAGGGUCCGCUUGGGCAUCACUUGGCUGAACGACUCUAACGCCAUCGAGACUGAUAUCAAGAACGUCUCGAUGCACGAGGGGUACGACACGAGUCACAAGCACCACGAUAUAGCGAUAGUGGAGCUCACCCAAACCGUCAAGUUUUCCGAUAGGGUUUUUCCGGCGUGUCUGUAUGAAAAAGAUGAUGAUCCUCUGGGGCUUAUAGUCACGGGAUGGGGGAAAACGAGUAUUGAUGCUGAGGAUGACAGAAGUAAUAUAUUACAAAAAGCCAAAUUAGUUGCUGUUCCGAUUGAGCAGUGCAAUGAGACCUAUACGGUCAGAACAUUGGGAACGAAAACCAUCGAGUCUACGCAACUUUGUGCUGCUGCGAGCACAAGCGAUGCAUGCUGGGGUGAUUCCGGUGGGCCCUUGCAGAUUAGAGAGAAAUCCGGAGUCUAUUCAAUUGUUGGUGUUGUUUCAUAUGGAGCUGGCUGUGGAGGACGAGUUCCUGGUGUUUAUACUAGAAUUUCAAAAUAUUUAGACUGGAUAGAGAAAAUUGUAUGGAGGUGAAAAGAAAAUUAAAAUAUUAAACAAAAA